UUGACAGCAUAUCCGUAAUUAAUUCUUCGGCGGUUAUAAAAGACAGCUCGCUUGAAGAGCUGACACACAGUACAGCAGUGUCGUGUGAGGAAGGAGCGAUCGAAAAGCUUUUGCAGUUUAUUCAUCUUACAAGAGAAAAAAAAAACGAAUACAAGAAAUGGAUAAAUAUUUUGGAUUUGUUUUUUUCAUGUUAACAAUUGCUGUGAUUGAGAUGAGAAGUAUUGAAGAUAGUUUACUUUACAAGAAUGUGAAAAUACCAAAAAAUUGGAAAACAGAUGAUAGAUAUUCGUUUCAAUGGAAAGGAGAUUUUACUUAUGGUGUACCUGAGGAUUCAAAAUGCGAAAAGGUUAUGAUGCCGAAAUAUGGUCGAUUUAUUUGCAGCUCAGGAAAAGGUUUAGGCCGAAUUAUGUGUUUAACUGAGUGUAUGGAUGGAUACGAACAUGCUAAGAAAGCGAUGGUAUUUAUUUGUAAAGAUGAAGGAAAAUGGUUAGACAUAAGACAUAAAGAAAUCUCGACUCCUUAUCCGGAAUGCAUAAGAAGCAAAUGGCCGUCACAAUAACGAGAGAAAGAGAAAGUAUAAGGAACAACAUGGAUAAAAACAAAAUAAAUCUUUGCUAUUAGCAACUUAAUUAUAAAGUUAUGUGAAAUUAAUAACCUAAACAGUAUGGUCCUUAUAAACGUUGUUGGAGGGAAAGAAUAACUCGUGAGAACUUUAGAAUUAUAACAUAGAUUUAUUUGUAUUGAUUUACAAAAAGCUUUUUUUUCUCUUUAAAUCUGUUCAUAUGUUAAUAGUAUACAUAAGAAAUAUAUAUUUAUUUAUUUAUUCCCGAAAAUGAAUUUGUUUCGACAUUA